CAGCCAUUUACAGACCUUGUAAAUCAGAUUAGGAAGAAGGAGAUUUCCAAAGUUCUUCAAAGCUCUUAUCUACGUGGAAUCAACUUGGCCUCCUUCUUUGUUGCAAGCAAAAUCAUCGUGUUUGUAACUUUCACCACGUAUGUUCUGCUUGGCAAUGUUAUCUCAGCCAGUCGAGUGUUUGUUGCAGUGUCCCUUUAUAGUGCAGUGAGACUCACUGUCACUCUCUUCUUCCCCUCAGCUAUUGAGAGGGUAUCUGAGGCCAAAGUCAGCAUAAGGAGGAUUAAGAACUUUUUGUUGCUUGAUGAGAUUUCAAAACCCGCUGUAUACCAGCCAGAGGAAAAAGAAGAAGACCAGCUGGUACAAAUUCAAGAUCUGACCUGUUACUGGGACAAGACCUUGGAAGUGCCAACUCUUCAGAAUAUGUCAUGCAGUGUGAGACCUGGGGAAUUGCUGGCUGUAAUCGGACCUGUUGGAGCAGGGAAAUCUUCCCUUCUGAGUGCAAUUCUGGGUGAACUACCAAAAGAUAAAGGCUUUGUGGACAUCAGAGGAAGAAUUGCCUAUGUCUCCCAGCAGCCCUGGGUGUUUUCAGGCACUGUCAGAAGUAACAUAUUAUUUGGGAAAGAAUACAUUCAAGAGAAAUAUGAAAGAGUCCUGAGGGUGUGUGCACUGAAAAAGGACAUGCUGCAGUUAGAUGACGGUGACCUGACUAUGAUCGGGGAUCGAGGUGUUACACUAAGUGGAGGACAGAAAGCACGUGUGAAUCUAGCCAGGGCAGUUUAUCAAGAUGCUGACAUUUAUCUUUUGGAUGAUCCCCUGAGUGCUGUUGAUGCUGAGGUCGGGAGGCAUUUGUUUGACAAGUGCAUCUGCCAGGCUCUGCGUAAGAAGCUCUGCAUCUUGGUGACCCAUCAGCUUCAAUACUUAAGUGCCGCCAAACAAAUUCUCAUUCUGAAAGAGGGCAAGAUGGUAGGAAAAGGAACAUUUGCGGAGCUGCUGCAGUCAGGUGUCGAUUUUGCAUCCCUCCUGAAAAGUGAGGAAGAAGAGCAGUCACAGAAUCCUGAGGGCCGCUGGUAAAAGUCGUCCAGAAUCCGCACUUUCUCUCAGUCUUCAGUGUGGUCGCAAGAGUCUUCUGUACAGUCACAGAAAGAAGGCACAGCAGACACUUUGCCGACUGAACCUGUGCUGACUGCAGUUCCAGAGGAGAGCCGAUCCGAGGGAACUGUUGGCUUUAAGGUGUACAAGAAAUACUUCCUGUCCGGGUCCAGUUAUCUGAUCAUUUUUAUUCUUUUAUUGCUAAACAUUCUGGCACAGGUGGCCUAUGUUUUGCAAGACUGGUGGCUUUCCUAUUGGGCGACAGAGCAAGAGAAGUUGAAUGUCACUUAUGUCACUGAAGGAACCAACGUAACUGAAACCGAGAAAUUGGAUAACAAAUUGUAUCUAGGAGUCUAUGCAGGUUUAACUAUGGCUACCAUCGUAUUUGGGCUUCUGCGUAGCGUACUAGUGUUUCAAGUCCUUGUUUCUGCUGCCCAGGCUUUGCACAACCAAAUGUUCCAGUCACUCCUGUGUGCACCAGUGUUGUUUUUCGACAGGAAUCCAAUUGGUAAGUUUGUAUCACAUUACCC